GUGCAAUUUACCCAAAAACAAAUAAGAACCAAAAUUGAUUUUUACUUUCCUUCCCUUUGGUUGUCUGAAAUCGAAAAUCCCCUUCCUCAUGGCAGUUCCAAAGAAGAUCAUCAUCGACACCGACCCUGGAAUAGAUGAUGCCAUGGCAAUAUUCGUGGCAUUGCGAUCGCCAGAAGUGGAGGUCAUUGGACUCACAACUAUUUAUGGGAACGUUUAUACAACUCUUGCUACUAGAAAUGCUUUACAUUUGUUGGAGGUUGCAGGGAGGACUGAUAUUCCUGUGGCUGAAGGAUCUCAUGUCACAGUCACUAAAGGUACAAAACUCCGUAUAGCUGAUUUUGUACAUGGCGCUGAUGGACUUGGAAACCAAAACUUUCCUCCACCAAUAGGAAAACCAAUUGAACAGUCAGCAGCUGCUUUUCUUGUCCAGCAAGCUAACCUUUACCCUGGAGAAGUCACUGUGGUGGCCCUGGGUCCCCUAACAAAUAUCGCUCUGGCUAUACAAUUGGAUCCUUCAUUUACAAAAAACAUAGGUCAGAUUGUUCUUCUUGGUGGUGCUUUUGCAGUAAAUGGAAAUGUAAAUCCUGCAUCAGAGGCCAAUGAAUUUCCAUUAUCGACCCUGAGAGAUGCUGCAGAUAUUGUAUUCACAAGUGGAGCAGACGUUUUGGCUGUCGGGAUAAAUGUUACCCAUCAAGUUGUUUUUACCGAUGCUGAUAGAAAAAAACUGGCAGCGUCUGGUGGAAAAUUUGCCCAGUACCUGUGCAAGAUCCUAGAUGUGUACUUCUCUUAUCAUCAUAAUGCAUACAGCACGAAAGGCGUUUACCUUCAUGAUCCAACGGCCCUUCUUGCAGCUGUUAAUCCUUCACUGAUCACUUACACAGAGGGUGUAGUUAGAGUCCAAACAAUUGGCAUCACAAGGGGCCUCACAUUAUUUUAUAACAAACAGAAAAGGUUUGCUGAAGUUACUGAGUGGUCCGAUAGACCCGUGGUUAAGGUGGCAGUCACUGUUGAUGCUCCAACUGUUGUCAAAUUGGUGAUGGAACGGCUUAUGGAUUCCUAGAGCAUGCGGACUAAUCAUCAAGUCUCUUGAUUGGUUGCUGUUGGUGUGACUUUGUGCGUGAUUUUGGUUCAGUUAUAUGCUACACUCAGAUGAGAUUCUGAAAAGUAAUUCCCUCCUCCUUGUAAUAAGGAAAAUUGUCUAAUUCUCAUCACUCACAAGGGAGAUGUGACACAACAAAUAUAAUUUUUUAUAUUAUUUUAUUUACUAAGGUUCUGUUAACAACAAAA